AGUGGAUGAUGCAGAGGGUUUGUUCAGGAGCCCUUGGCGGCCCAGCAGCAGUGUGUUGCCGGCCCUGCCGGCUUGUGAUUGUUGAGCAGCAGCGGUGCAAAGCAGGAUGGGCGAGCAGCCAGGGCAUGACGCCAGGCAAGUCAUGUCAUCAAGUCAAGGGACGGAGGGAGGGAGGGAGGGAGGCCAUUGACACGUCACGUCCUCACAUUGCCUGGCAUGCAAGUCACUCACUGCUGUGCUCUGCUGUGUGUUGCCUGCCUGCCUGGCUGCAGGGAAGGGUCCUGGUCCCCGGCAGCCGGCGAGUGGGUUGCUAGGUCGGCUGGCGGGUAACCUUCAGCGUACGGCUGCCGCUAGGAGGGCGGCUGCCCGUAGUCAUCCGGAGGGCAGGGCCCGUGGGAUAGACACCCGCAGUGUCCUCAAUGCGCCCUUCAGGGCGAUGGGGGAGUUCUUUGGCGACGUGACGGAGAAGGGCGUCGGGGAGGCCGCCAUGGACAGGUUCAGGGGGUCACGAGAAGAGCGGCAGGAGAGAAGGCUACAGACCAUGUACAGAUUCCAGAAUGAGCAACUCAUGAAAACCGAGGUACGUGACCGGGGCAGGCAAGGCUGGGAGGCAGGCAGGCCAAGCCAAGCCAAGCCACCGGUGUGAUGUCGGAUGUGACGUGCACGCACGUAUAUAUAGGGCAAGUACACCCUACGAGAGCAUCUCCGUUCUAAGCGGGUGAGUGAGGCGGCUUCUGUUGGUUGGCCAGUUCGGGGCGCCAGGGCAGGCGCUGACUCAAUGCAUUCAUUGCCUGGCCUGGCCUGUCCUGUCUGGCUGCCGUGUUGUGUUGAUGUGUGUCUGUGUCUGUGUGUUGUCUGUGUGUGUGUGUGUAUGAUGUGUAGGCAUACGCUGAGAAGAUGCGUUUCAUCGGUCCGAUGGCGGGGGUCAUGUCCUUUCUCGGCAAAGUACCCGGCACGGAAAGGACACUCAAGGAACGUACGUACGUCAGUCAGUCAGUCAGCAUUGCAGUCAUCCACUCACACACACGUAAAUACAUACAGUCGUGGUGUGGUGUACUGUGUUGUGUUGUGCGCAGUUGAUGUGUUGGAGUCGUUGACUCAGGAUGAGCUGGACCAGGCGAGCGCCAAGACCAUCAACAUGCACACACGCAAACUCAUCGCUGAGAUCGCCAAUGUGUGUACGCCGCCACCGCUCACGCUACGUUGAAUGAAUGACUAAUCAACGUACCUCCCCACUCCACGGGCACUCACCCCUCCUUUGUGUGCGUGUGCGUGUGUGGGUGUGUGGGUGUGCCAGGUAGAUUUGAAUUUCGUCAAGCAGUGUCUGCUGGACUUUGAGGUGUUGCGGACGGACCGGACGUGGCUCUUCCGGCGGCAGAUGAUGGGCAAGAAGCUGCCAGAGACCACAGACGAGAGAGAAUUCCUCGCAUCAUGGGACAGACCUUUACGUACGUACGCACUAAGGGAGGCACGGGCGUCUAAUGGAUAGAUGGACGGAUGGGUAGCUGCUGAUCGGUGUACUGUACACUGGCGCGUGUGCGUGUGUGUGGUUGUGUCAGAUUACCCGAUGCGUGGGAUGGAGGUAAAGGAAAUGCUCAAACGAAUGGACAAGAAACGCAAAUACACAUUUCCAAGGUAGGUACCACCUACUGCACUAGACUACUCGUGGGUGGGGUAACACAGAAGGAAGAGCAAGGACACACAGACAACACAGCGAGCACAUGUCUCUGGGCGUGGUGUGUGCCUGUCAGGCGCAAGUCAUGGAUAUGGCUCCGACACCGAUCGACGUAAGACAGACAGACAGACACAAAUGAUGACAACCAAAGCGCACAUUGUACACUUUCAUGAAGGAAUGGGCCGAUCGGCCGACCGAUCGAUGUGUGUGUGUGUGUCGUUGAUUUGUGUUGUGUGUGGUGUGCAGUGGGUUCUCUCGUUGGGCGACUCAGCCGAACACCAAGAGGUACCCCGCCAUCUACUACGCCUCAGCUCUGCGCAAGCGAUGGACCCCCAGAUACCACAUGUACCUCAGGUGGGUGUGGUGUGCAAACACACCUACCUGCAUACGACAGACAUACAGACAAACGCCCCUGCCUGACACACCUCCAACCUUGAUUUGUUUGUAUCUUGAUUUGAUGUGUCUGAUGAUUGAUUGUCCAACAUCCAUCCCAACCAGGAACAACCCGCCGAAGAUCAAAGAAAGAUGAAGGAAGCGAAGCAAGGAGGGCCGAGGGCUGGAUUGAUCAUAUAUUAAUAUUCAUGGAUAGGUAGG